AUGGCAGACAGAGAGCGCUCGAGAUCCCGCUCUCCGAGACGGGAUCGCGAUCGCGACCGAGACCGAGACAGGCCUCGAAAGCAAGGAGGCUUCAGAUGGAAGGACAAGAGUCGCCGGGACGACCGCGAUGAUCGCGACGACAGAAGAGGUCUCGAACGCGGCUACCGCAACCGCUCCCGCUCCCCUCGCCGCGACAGAGACAGAUACAACGACCGCGACCGUGAUCGCAACAAUGACAGCUACCGCCCCGGCGACCGUAACCGCGACCGCGACUCGGGCCCGAGAGACAGCAAGGCCGGCUCUUCGAGCUCCAAGGAUACCACAAAGCCCCCCAAGAGAGAGAAGCCCGCGCCCGCACCCGCACCUGCUGCCGGCGGCGAAGAGAUGAUCAUCGUCCACGUCAACGAUCGUCUGGGCACCAAGGCCGCGAUUCCCUGCCUCGCCUCGGAUCCCGUCAAGAUGUUCAAGAUUCUGGUCGCUGCAAGAGUCGGUCGGGAGCCCCACGAAAUCCUGCUGAAGCGCCAGGGCGAGCGACCGUUCAAGGAUCAUCUUACGCUGGAGGACUACGGAGUCAGCAAUGGUGUGCAGAUCGACUUGGAGGUUGACACUGGUGAUUAA